AUGGAGCGGCAACAGCAAGUUGGGGACAAGGAGAGCACCCAGACCGCCUCCCCGAAGCAAGCAUCCGCAGCCGAAGCCCAGAGCCACGCCGAAGCGAAUGGUGCAGAGCAAACAGCCCUAAGCGAUGCCAAGGGACCCCAGAUCAAACCACAAGCUCCAGCCGAGCCCGAGACCCAGAGCCACGCCGAAGCGAGUGGUGCAGAGCAAACAGCCCCAACCGAUGCCAAGGGACCCCAGAUCGAACCACAAGCUCCAGCCGAGCCCGAGACCCAGACCCAAGCCGAAGCGGGUGGUGCAAAGCAAACAGCCCCAACCAAAGCGAAACCGCAGCCGAAACAGCUCCCUCUCUCCAGCAAGGCCCCGCCUGCUAAGCCCAGGAUGCCCAAGGAACAGGACGAUGAGUAUGACCCCGGACAAGAGUCCGUUCCUCCACCCCCACAGGUGAGCAAACAGACCCUCAUGAAAAGGCUGGCACGCCUGUGUGCACCCAGGGAGGAUGGCACAUACAAAAUCCCUAUGGAUGUCAUCGACACCUACCGGAACCUCGGCACUCGUGGUGAAGUCUACCGCAGCUUCGAGAAAUGUGGAUGCGACCCCGUGCUAUUCUCGAAGCGAAUCAACCGCAAGUACGAAGAGAUCAACGAAAAAACAGUGGAAACGGAGUAUGAGUUCCUAACAGAGCAGGAGAUGGAAGACAAGGGAUGGAGUGAGAAAAAGAUCAAAGGUGCCAAGAGGAGCUGUGAGAAACGCCCCGGCUGGAAGAGGAAAUCCGAGUACUGUGAUGAGUGGAUGUACUGGGUGGCUGUGCGAGUGAAGGGGACCAACAAGAAGACCAAACGCCACACGGUGGCAGAGAUCUUGGAGGGCGACGACGGCGAGGCGCCGAUGGAGGAUCCUGAGUCGGCCAUGGACGACUACCCGUUCAAUCUCGAGGGUGACGGGGACAAGGAGAAAGAAGGACCGGGUGAUGGGGAAUCCAGCGGCGAGAGCAGCGACGACGGCGAGGAAGCAGGUCGCAUCUUGAAGAAGCUUAACUUUCCCGAAGUGGGAAAGAAGCCUCAGGAUUCGUGCAUGGCUGUUGCGAGUUGCUUGCAAAAGAGACUUCAGAAGCUGCAGCCUGUGAUGGACAAGCUUGAAGCUGUGCCGAAGCUGACGGACUCGCAAUCGAAGUACAAAGCCUCUGUCAAGACCGUGACGGACAAGCUGGCCGAGCUGGAGGAUGCUUUGAGUACCAUCUACAGCACUGGGAUUGCGGUUGGAUUCUCGAAAGAGGACCAGAAGAAGCUGCGAGGGCAUUUCCAGGCGGCCAAGACCAGGUGUGUGGAGGCCGAGCUGGUCUUUGAACGAUCGAAGAACUUGAAGCCUAAAGACAACGAUUUCUCCAAGGAUGCCACUGCCAAGGACACCAAGCGGAUGGUGCGACAGCUGCAGAAUCCGGGCGAGUCGGAGGCAAAAAGGCGAGAGGCACCGAACGAGGAGAGAGAUUGCCACAGGCUUUUUAAACACUGGGGUUUAUCUUUGCCGGUGCCUGUAUCCGAAAAGACCUUCGCACUGGACGACAACGGGACAGCUGAUACUGCAUACAUACGAGUGCAAGACUGGCUGCAGUAUCUCUUGAAACGAAAUCGUUCAUUGCUCGCUGGGGGCAACGAGUCUUUGGAGUUCCAGCUGGAGGCCUACUGGAUGGCUUACAGACAGACUCACAGCACCCAUCCGGUGUUCGAGCGAGGGCUGGACCUCGGAACCACGAUUCCGUUGGCUUUUUACUCAGAUGAAGGCAAGGGCCCGAAGCGAGGCAACUUCGUGGUGGCCUCCAUCGAAUCGCCGAUAGGUUUAUGGGACGUAGCCGAGGACUUUACUUGCACUUGCAAAGAAGAUGUGCGGAAGGCUCCGCAGCAGUUUGUUCCGGGCCAGCAAGCAGACGGCCCGUACUCGCCGAUGGAGGAGGCCGCCCUGAAGCAAAGCCAUACAAAUAAAGGUCACUCCUACCUGACCAGACAUGUGCUUUUCGGCCUCCCAGACUGGGUCUACAAACACCAUCCAGCGGUUUUGGAACAGUUGACCCAGCAGGUCGCUGACGAGCUCACCAAGCUUUUUUCUUCGGGCCUGGAGGUUGGUGGCAAGGUUUACACGGCCUGCCUUGUUGGGAUCAAGGGCGAUAUGAAACAAAUCGCUGAAAAAAUAGCUUAUCUCAACAGAUACUAUGCUCGCUUGGGCCCUGUGAACUACAACGGUGUCUGUGCACACUGCAUGGCGGGUACAAGUGCGGCUAUUCCUUUUGAUGAGCUGGCUCACGAGCCAUCCUGGGCUUCGACACUUUUCCAGCAGCGACCUUGGGACUCGACACCUGCUAUGUGCACUGUCCCUCACGACAGCGAUGCACCGGAAAGAGUUCUGAAAUAUGACAUGUUCCAUCUUUUCAAAGUUGGGCUUGGGCGAGAUAUUUGUGGCUCCCUGGUUUUGUUGGCUCGCCUUGGAUAUUACGAUGAUCCGAGUGGCAGCGAUGAUACAAAUAUCAAGUCGAGGCUCAACCGCUGCUUCUCCCACUUCAAACUAUGGCGACUGGCAUCCCACAAGACCGCAGCUUUGCGAUACUUUUCGAAGUCGUUGUUCAAUCUGAAACGGUUGAGCGACUUCGCUUGGACGAACUCCAAGGGUUCGGAUACCAUGCUCUUGUUGGAAUAUCUCAGCUUCUAUGUGACGAUCUUGCUGAGAAAACCCAACUUGCCUGCCGCACAUGUUGUUUUGUUUCGUGUGCUGAAGAAGACGAUCCUGGAGUCGCAGAAGGCCUUCACUUUGAUGUACAAACAUGGUUUGUGGCUGAGGAGGGCAUGUGCCCAAAAUCUCUAUUUGAGGUUGAUGUCCGUACUGUCGGGCUACCAGCAUCUGGCUGCACAUGCGGUGACGAUGCAGAUGUCUUUCUUUGCCUUGAAACCCAAAUUCCACGGCAUCCACCAUGUGGCAUAUGAGAUCCGACAAGCAUUGCUGACCAAUGCAAAGCUCAUCCCGAACCCCAUCAUGUGGGGGUGUGAGCAAGGAGAGGACCUUAUCGGUCGAGUCUGUUCCCUAUCGACCAAAGUUGCUGUGAAAACAAUCAGCAAACGGGUGCUGCAGAGACACUUCCUGAAGAAAGAGUGGGAGUGCUUCAAAGUCUACGACUCGAUGGAGUUCGAGGAUGACGAGACCACGACGCAGGAGCACCAAUUCCGGGCCGAGGGAACGCUGGAUGCUGCUACAUCCAAGGUUAGCCAGAUCUCAAGCAAGCUGGCCGAAGCGAGAGUUAUGGCCACCGAGUUGCCCAGUGCCACCCAGCUGUCGGAGAAAAUGAAGGAGGGCUACGAGCAUGAGCUCAAUGAGGGCAAGAAGGUGGUGGAAGAUGCCCGGGCACAGCUGGAGUCAUGGUUUUCCCGCAAGCUUGAGGAUGCUGAGAUUGUGGGUGAGGAGAAAGCCGUGUACGACCAGGUUAUGCGAAGCGUCGAGAGUGCCUUCACGGUGCUAGCCGGCAAGAUCAAAGCUGUGAAAGCUGCAACGGAGACUUCGUUUGUUGGGGCCCGUCAGAUGCUUGAAGCUGUGAACAAGGAGUUCGAGGGCUAUGGACUCGAGCUUGGUGGGGCUGCAGGUGAGUUGAUCAACACUUCGGGGAAGUGGCAGAGCAACGUGCAGCGGGAUAUGCUCCGAAGGUGCAAGGCUUCCCAGGUUCCGGUUUCCUACUUGGAGGUCCCGGUGCUCGCAAAGGGUGUGCUGACGAAGCGGAAGCUUCCUGUGGUGCUUCCACACAAGCUGUUUCCUUGGCUGGUGCGGCAUGGCAUUAUCCCCCUGAGUGAUGCGGAUGAGAAUGCAAAGUUCUGGUCACAUGCUAGAACAAGCGGGAUGCCAACUAUGGGGGCCACCGACCUGCACAUCCCAUUGUAUGUCUGGGGCGAUGAUGCCCGGUUUACCAAAACACACGAGGAUAAACUUGUGGUGGUGGCCUUUGGGAAGCUGCUUGAGAGUUCCAAGAAUGCCCUGCAGACUGUGUGGCCCCUCUUUCUUUAUCAGCAGGUCGUUGAUUCCUUCAACAUUCUCUUCGAGCAGGGUGUCAUGGUGCAGACUCCAAAUGGGGAACACAAGCGUGUGUAUGCUGCUGUGGUCCAGUAUCAAGGGGACUGGAAGUGGCACAAGGCCUGCUAUUCUGAUGGAACCUGUCUAAUGCCAGAGUGCCCUCAAGUCUGA